CGAGAUCACUUUAGUCUAGAUCAAGGCAUGAUAAAACAUUGUCUCAUCGGCCUGCGAUUGGCACUUCUAUAUGUAAUCAUCCUGCUAUAUUGAAGCAAAUUUCAUGCUUAUUCCAGCCAUGCCAUCUCCGCCCAAGAUCUCGACAUCCAAUCGAUUUGACGCAUUAUCCCAGGAUGGUCACACCAAAACUCGGUCGACAACAUCGCCUCCAUCAACGAGGAAACAUGAGGUUACGACUGUAAUAACCUUACAUACACAUGGGAGGACGUGCAAUGAUUCUGACGAAGGGUGGAAAGUGGUCGACUCUAGACAAAGCAGUCCACCAGAUUGCCCGACACCCAACCUUUUGGGGCAUAUUCUAGAGCUUUCAAGGGAACUGCCCAAGGGCUUCAUUGAAGACUUACCUCAUCAAGCCUAUGAUCAUUACUUCGUCAUCAGCCAGGUUUCCGGGACUGGAGACGUCAAGGUAUGCAUGAUCACCUCAAAUCGUAAGGCCAAACAGAAGAAAAUUCGAAUCAAAGGGAGCGAGGCAGAGCGCCCUGAGACUGAGGAAGAGCUUGUAAUCGAAGGCAACUGUCCACUCCAGCUCAGAUCUUGGCUCAAGGUAGGAGAACAGUGCGGAAUAUGCGCCUCAUGAUGAAAACUGGCGCCGAAGAAUUUCUCGUUCCAAGAUGUCGACUAUCUGCCAAGUCGAUAAAGAAAGUCAAGCGUGCCGAAAUCACGUAACGAGCUCCUUCUCAAGGAGUAGAUGAAAUGAAAUUAGUCUGCGGCAUGAAAGGGUAGAAUGCCCUCCCGUUCAACGCCGAGUUCUUGUCUGGCCUAAAUCUAUCGCCUAAGCUUACUCAGAACUACAUUGUUGUCUUGACUAGUAGUUCAAUCAACUUGUGGAAUCCAGCGCUCUCAUGUUGGCUAUCAGUGCAGGUGUACCACUAUUAAAGCUACAGCUUACGCAGAGAUUUUUCGACAAUGAGCUCAUCUUCUCAGAAUGAUAUAGUAAGGUACACAAGUUGUUGCAACC